AUGGUCUAUGACGACGUCGCCCUCCUUUCGUUUAGCCUUUGCUUACAGAUACCGGGCAAAAUGCGCCUCAACGCCAAUGGUGACCGAGACAGCUUUCCAAAACGUGCUCAACUUCCCGUUGUGGCGGGCACACCAGAAGGCUCAGCCUGGUUCUGGGGCGGCAACGAUGAGCUGGGCCGUCUCAAUCUCCUAACACCUGAGCGCAUAUGCAAGGCAACACAUGAAAAUGUCAAGACCGGGUGUGUCAUUGCGCUCAGCCUGCCCUUGUGUGAACCCGCGCCUCCAUUAUUCGGGCGAAGACCUAUCGAGCACAAGAUCAAGUCAAUCGGCAAAGGCGCGUUCGACGACGAGAUCACGAUCAACACACAGUCGAGUAGCCAAUGGGACGGUUUUCGGCACUUCGCCGAUCCCAAGUCAGGGUACUUCUACAAUGGCAUCGUCUCUGAGGAGAUUGAAGGAGACGAUGAACUCGACGAAGGUGGCCCAGAGAUAUCAAGAAGACUCGGCAUUGACGCCUGGGCGAGACAUGGAAUAGUUGGACGUGGUGUACUGCUUGACAUAUAUGACUGGUCGCAGCAAAACAGCUCUUAUGAUCCGUUCACCGAACAUCUCAUUACGACAGCAGACUUAAAGGCAUGUGCCAAAUCGCAAGGUCUUACCUUCCAGACAGGAGACAUCAUCUUAAUACGUACAGGCUGGCUCUACAAGUACAACGCUCUAACGACCGAGGAUAAGGAGGAUCGCAGUAAAUGGGAUGUCAUGACGCACCAGUACGCUGGACUGGAAGCCUCAGACGACAUGAAGGACUUUCUGCACGACUCAUACUUUGCGGCUGUUGUGAGCGAUAACGUUAGCCUUGAAGCUUGGCCUCCAGCAAGCUUUGAGGCAAGCUUGCAUGCUGCUCUACUUCCGCUCUGGGGUAUGCCGAUUGGAGAACUAUGGGAUCUUGAAAGUUUGAGUCGACAAUGCCGCCAGGAGAAGAGAUGGACCUUCCUGCUGACGAGUGCGCCAACAAACGUUCCUGGUGGAGUGGCAAGUCCACCGAACGCAUUGGCGUUGUUUUGA